AUCCUGGGGCUAGGAAUGCAUAGCAAUCAGGCAGGCUGGGGCUCGCCUCUCCAGGGAGCUUCAUAAAGCGGGGGAACCCCAGAGCCAUGCCUGCUGAACCGGGACCUGAGCAGCUCUGCCUGACACUGGGGUCUAGGGACUCACCUGCCCUUCUUAGAGCAGCCCGAAGCACAAUGAGGAGCUUCCGGCCUUUGCUUUCCCUACUUCUCCCUCUGAGCACCUGCUUUCCCCUGCUGGACAGAAGGGGACCCACAGACAUCGGUGACAUCGGAGCCAGGAUGAGCUGGGCCCAGCUGGCUGAGGGACACCCCCCCAACUCGGUUCAAAAUCCACAGCCACAGGCCCUGCUGGUGGUGGCCAAGGAGCAGCAGGCUUCCCACAGGGAGCACACCGGCUUCCGUCUAGGGAGGCAAGACGGUAGCAGUGAGGCCGCAGGGUUCCUGCCCGCUGACUCAGAGAAGGCCAGCGGCCCUCUGGGGACUCUGGCAGAGGAGCUGAGCAGCUACAGCCGGAGGAAGGGAGGCUUCAGCUUCCGCUUUGGACGGUGAGGGCCUGCGUGGACUCUGCCCCGUCUGACCAUCUACUGUUGCCCCGGACCCAACCUCAAGAACCCAGACCGGGAGAGAGUAUCACAGUGAACUAAUGGUGGUGAAUAGAUGCGUUCACAUUUUCAUUUCCAACUUUGCUAAAGUGAGAAAUCUGGGUGGUGUUCAA